AGAGAGAUUGAAAAAGAGAGGGAGGGCAGAGAGAGAGAGACAAUUUAAACAUAACCUCAUUUCUAUCUUGAUUUCAUGAUUGACUCGAUUUGACAGUACUCGACAUAUACCAAUAAUUUACUCUAGUGAAUUAAUAGUUAGUGAAUUAAUAAUAGUGAUAAUGGAAAUGUGUAGGAUAUAUCUGUAAGAAAAAGAAAAUAAAAAAUUAAUUUUGCACACUUAGGCAUACAGAAUAAGAAAUACUUAAAAAUAUUGUUUCUGACAGUUGUUAUUAUCAUUAAUUAUUUGUCUACUAGUUAUUAAUUACUUAUUUUAAACGGCUCCAAAUGGCACCAUUAACGGAUUUACUUUCUUGCAGUGUAAUAGAAAAAGAUUGUAACGGAGAUGUCUUGUGGACAUGGUCGUAUCCAUCAGUUACAGAAUCUCAGAAGACUGUAGUCAUGAGAAAAUGCAAUUUGAAAUUAGAACAUACAUCCCCUCAUGUAUUUGUAUGUGCGAGACACGGCCAUGACUGGUUCUACAUACACUGCAGCGAAGUAUUCGAUUCCGACAAAUUACCAAAGGUAAAGCAGUUUGCAUUAGUUCUCUUUGCUAAGGACUUUAAUCCACAAAAAUAUGAAGUACUUUCGCGGGUUCUUAGCAAAAUGUAUUGCAAAACAGGAAAGCCCACGGAGAUUUUGCAGCUGUAUCUUUCGGUAUUCACGAAGGGAUCGUGUUCAACCCAAGAGAAUGGAACAUUUGUCUCUGAUGAUUUCAAUACUCAUCGUUUCGCAGCUAGUACCAACGUCAAAGAAUUGAUUAAAACAUUCGAAUUAGAAACAAUAUUGAUAUAUACUGCUCUCUUAUUAAAAAAGAAAAUUAUUGUAUAUCAUCAUAGCUUGGAGCAGCUUCUCAAGUGGAUAAGAACAUUUCCUGUAUUGAUGAAACACAGAAAGGUUACUGACAAUCUUUUCCCCUGGAUCGACUUGGUAAACGAUGAGUUAAUUGAAUUGAAGAAAUAUUCACACUAUGUGGCAGGUUGCAGUAACAGCUCAAUAUCAUCAAGAAUAGAUCUGUAUGACCUACUUGUAAACAUUCCUGCUAGAGAAAUUACUGUAGCACCACAUGCCAAAGAAAGUCUUACGAUGACAAAAACCCACAAGGAAAUAGCUUUAUUCAUGGUUCAACUGUGUGAAAAUCAAAACUAUACGGAGGCACAGGUUAUAUCCGAGAUAAGUGAUAAAACGCAAGAUCUGUUGAAUCAGUUAACUUCGUUAGCAACGGUGCAAACUCCAGAUGGCAAAAGAAUGAUCUCCGUCGAGAUAUUUAAGGAGAAAAAUUUGGCGCCAGCUGUAGAAAGUUUCCUUAUUAAUUUAGCCAUUGCGGAAAAUCUUUUUAUAUUAUGAUAAUUGUAUAAACCAAAGCCUCUUAACACGUUAAACGAUGGAUAAUGAAAAUAAGAAAUAAAAUGUAUUCAUUUCGUUAUCAUUUUCUCUUUACAUAUUGAGAUUUUUAUAUUAACAUAUCAAAUUCUUCUAUCUUAUCAUCUACAUAUUAAUCUUACAUAUUAAGAUAUAAAAAUUUAUUUGUUAUUCUAGCAAUGUUUUAUUUAUUGCUUCUUAUUCUUAUUCGAACAUUAGGCCUCUUCUAUUAUAUUAUAUUAAUAUUGUUAAUUAUAUUUUUAAGAAAUAUAAUAAUUAAGAAUAAAAUCUACACUUUCUUAGCAAAAA